CCCAAUGUUAUAUGGAACCGCGUGCGCGUUCAUCAGCGGCAGAACCACUUUCAAAACAAAAUCUUUAUUCGGUUGCAGUUCAAAUUUUAAGGAAACAUGUCCUUCAUUAAAUUAUUUAAGAAUUUCGUCAUAACUGGGUUCAAUACGAAACUAUUGUUCUUCGACGGAACCAGUAGCUGGUCAUACGAAAUACUGCCGGAUUUGCCACUGGAGAAAUGCCGCCCCAAGAAGUACUUCGAUGCCGACAGUGACAGCGAUGACGAAUCCGGCCAGCAGCCCCAGAAGCAACUCCCCGCAAACGGAAACAACACAGCGGACAAGACACAAAUCGUAGCCUUGGAAGUGCACGAGGAGCAGUACUUACUGGCGGUGGCCUGUAGUGAUAAAACUUUGUACCUAUUCGAGAUUGGCAUGAACGAUGGCGAUGGGACGACGAAGGGCACGCUGAAGCUACUCUCACGGAGGAUGGUAUCAAGGACUUCCAGUUGUUUGAAAUUUGCAGCUGGUGGAAAGUUCCUGGUUGUUUGCGAUAAGGGUGGUGAUUGCUAUCGGUACGAAUGUGAUGAGGACAACAGCAAAAAACCGGGCCGUUGGUUGUUGGGCCACAUGAGUCAAGUAUUGGAUGUGCUGGUUUCUUCUGACGAAAGCAUGAUAAUCACGAGCGAUCGCGAUGAAAAGAUUCGCGUGACCAACCACCCGAACUGCGACACCAUCGAGACAUUCUGUCUGGGGCAUAGAGAAUUCGUGUCACAGCUGGAAUUCGUGCAGACGAAAGAUGCCCAACCUGCUCUUCUGUCUCUGUCGGGGGAUAGAACACUCAGAUUAUGGGAUUACACAACUGGGAAAGAACUCGCACGAAAAGAUUUACCACAACCGGGAAGUCGUAUUGCGAUCAAACAAUUGAAGGAAGGAGGAGUACUAGUGGCCGUUUUAUUCUACGAACCCACUGAGAUAGACGUAUUUAAAAUUAUUGAUGUUGAAGCCUUAAAAUCCGAUAGUUUUCAAACUUUAAAAACCGAACCGAAUGAAGUGUUCUCGAGUUUAGCCUUUGAUGCACAUAAUAAUCUUUUAGCUUUAGUAGUUGAUAAAAGAACUGAAAAAAUAUCCCUAAAAUUCUACCAAUUUGAGAAUGAAAAUAGUAAAUUCAGUGAGCAAUCCUCCAACUCAUUAGUGAAAUCAUUUUCUGCUAACACAAUGACCGAUAAAAUUCCUUAUGUUGAUUCAGUUAUGUUCCUGUUCAAGAAAAAGAUUGACAACAUGAAGGAUUACAAAGAACGAAAAAGAAGGAGAAUUGAGGAAGAUGGAAAAUAGAAUGUAAGAAAAAGGGAAAGUUCUCAACUUCUCUAAUAAUUUGUAUCACACGUACACAAGUAUUUGUUACACAUGGUUAAUAUAUACGAAGUAAACGGAAAAAAAUUGAAUAUACUUGCGCAAUGUGCGAAUGUGAA